UUCGGAAUUAAAAAUGUUUCAUUUGCUCAUUUCGACAUGUUUGCUGGAUGUCUUCAGUGGAACACAAGUUGUGUCUCUUGGAAUAGCAACUGGGGUGGAAUCCUGUCAAUGUUGGGUGGCUGAUGUAUUCCAAAAUGGAAAGUGCACGUCGAUGGAUGCCCUGCAGGUACGUGCACACACGCGCGCCCAGUCGCGCACCCAGUGUGGUCGAAUCAGUGUGAGUCGCGCCAGUUGUCGUCUGCUGUCGGGUGAAUACGCAACUCAGCCAGUCUGCUCCGUUUUUUUAAUUUAUUUUUUACUUUGACUUGCACACAUCAUUUUUGUUCUUUUGCUUCUUCGGGUAAGCACCAUUCUGUCUAAUUUUCUUUAGCGCAUCAAAAAUGAACAUAUCAUUUAGUGCAAAUUGUGGCGGGUUUUCUUGUAAAUAUUUCAACUCGUCUGCGUGCGUGUGGCUCAUCUUUCAUCACCGUGGAAACCGACGCCGGGUCUGUCCCAUCCGCUGGGGUGUGACAUUGCCAAUGCUUUUAGUGAUGGCUGUCACGCGAAUUUUCCUGAAGGCCUACCGAGUGUUUCACGUUCCUCUCAAUUCGCAGUGUUGACCUUUGCCCUUGUGUAUUUCAUGCGCAAGUGCGUGCGCAUGACGACUUAUGACAGGGCGAACUGCUUAGGGUGACGAGCAGGAGGUAAGCCAACAGGAAGUCAAUGUAAGUCAAGCCUCAAGUGAUGGAAAAGUGCCUGUGACCUUCACAGUGGCUGAUCAGGCUUCAACAGCUGCUUAGCCAUCCUGAAUGACAUCUAUUGAUUACCCCCACACACAGGAAGUCAUGGCGUCGGGCAGGAGGUCAUUUUCCACCAUCAGUGUCCAGUCAACACCUUCAAAAUGCGAUGGGAUCACGGGCCAAUGAAAUUCUUUACUUUGCUUGUUGCUCUGCACCACCGAUCCCAAAACUAUAAGAGACAAAAAAAAGAGCAGUUUUCAAAAACGAGAGAUAAUACUGAAAAAUAACUGCAUUAGAAAAAUUGGACUGUGGCGGCACAUCGGCCUGUUGCGACGACGGGCGUCACAUGUCCAUCGUCUUUUCCAGGAUGGAUCACCACGAGUGGCCGCGUGCCAGGGACAGAGGUCACCGGCGCUAUGACGACAGUGGCGACAAAGAUGUGGAGGCAUUGUACGUCGACGUUCCGCCGUCCCACCGGAGGAAACGACGGCGCCACCGUUCAUCUGAUCAGCAGCACGACGGCGACCGCGCCGCUCGACGCUCGCAUUACGAACACCGCGCCUACCACGAGCACCGCCAGCACGCCCACCCGGCCCUCUACCAGGACAGCGACGACUGCGACGAUGAUGACGGCGGCGGCAAUGAGCAGGACCGCUGCUCUCAAACGAUGGACCACGCUGAUCCCUCAGGUGAGCCGCCGUCCUUGGUUUUUGUCUUCACAACUCUCAACCGCAUCCAACCCUGGCCCGUGCCGUCCAAAUCCAAGUUUCUUGCAUAACAUCGGCCGUCUGCGACACGCCGUGCAAUCUUGUCGAUGGUUUGCAAGAGGCCAGAGAUUCUCAAAAUGUGGUACGCGGGCUUCCUCUAGUGUCACGCAAAGAAAUCACUGGAUGAAAGCUGGAAAGUGCAUAAAAUUCAAGUCGGUUUCAGCUUUUGUUUAAUCCAAUAAAUUACAUUUGUUAAAUAGAGUUCGGUAAUAUGUAAUUUGGAACUGCAACACAUAUGCAUUUCAUCAGGAGUUUUUUUUUUUUCAAAUAUGUACAAAUUGGCAAAUUGGUAUUACCGGUAUAUGGAAUUGGUCUCACAGCAAUCUCAUUCAUGCCUGGUUAGUAUUGGAAUGGGCAGCAGUUUUUUAUCAUUGUCACCAACAUGUACGAUUGAGCCAAUAAUUCCAGACUUUUUCCAGUGGCUAGUC